GCGUUCAACGACAAUCGGCUGUGUUGUUCGUAUCCGUGUGUAUGUGAACGGCUGCCACCAAGCAACUUUUCGGGUUUUUUUUUGUUUGUUUGUUUGUGUAUAUGUAUGUUUUGUGUUUGUGAGUUUAUUAUCAUUUUUCUAUACUCACAAACUUCAUUUGAUUUGGCUUGACUGUGUUCCUUGCUGCCAAAAAAAAACCAGCAGGAGAAAAAAAAUCGAGUGCUUUGAUGCUAGCCUUUUUGAUCAACAACGAAAAAAAAAAAAAAAUAAAAUAAUCGGCUAUAGCCCGUGUCAUGACUUGACUUGUAUUGACACUUGCUGUUUUAUCAGUUAGUGGUCUGUUUUCCAUCAUAAUCAUUAUAUCAAAAAGAUUUGAUAUUUGAUAUUUUUUAAGUCCUUGAUCUUUAUCUGAAUUUUUUCUUUCGAAUUCCUUAUAAUUCCAUCAUCUAUAUUCACCAGUGUACAUUUUUAUCAUUUAUGAAGAAAAAGAGAAAAAAACCAUCUAUUCUAUUUUAACAUUUAUUCAUUUUUUUUCGCUGAAUCCCAUUGGAUGAAUCAUCACAUUAAGCCGGUCUUUGUUUCGUUUGAUCAUUAAUAGAUUAUCAGCAUACAGAUUAACUCCCUCAUUCAUCGAUAAUUGAAUAAUCAUCAAUAAUUGUGUCAUUCCCAUUUCAGUCCAUCAGCAACAUUCCAUUUUCCUCUUUAUCGAUUCUUAUUGUUUUGGGAAAAAUUUCAAUCAUUUCUUCAUCAUCAUCAUUAUAUAAUCAUCAUUGACCAAGAUGCCAGCUGUCAGAGGUGAAGGAAUGCGUGGUUUAGCCGUAUUCAUAUCGGAUAUUCGAAAUUGCAAAAGUAAAGAAGCCGAAAUCAAAAGAAUCAAUAAAGAAUUGGCAAAUAUUCGUAAUAAAUUCAAAGGUGACAAAACAUUGGAUGGAUAUCAGAAAAAGAAAUAUGUUUGCAAAUUAUUAUUCAUCUUUCUUCUUGGUCAUGAUAUUGAUUUUGGUCACAUGGAAGCGGUCAAUUUGCUCAGCUCGAACAAAUACUCAGAAAAGCAAAUAGGUUAUCUAUUCAUAUCCGUGUUGAUGAAUGCCAACAGUGAUUUGAUGAAAUUAAUAAUCCAAUCAAUAAAAAAUGAUCUAAAUUCUCGGAAUCCUAUUCAUGUUAACCUUGCAUUGCAAUGUAUUGCUAACAUUGGCUCACGUGAAAUGGCUGAAACGUUUGGAAAUGAAAUUCCUCGCCUGUUGGUUACUGGAGAUACAAUCGAUGUAGUGAAACAAAGUGCUGCUCUAUGUCUACUGAGACUCUAUCGUGAGAUGCCUGAUUUGACACCUAGCAAUGAAUUUACCUCUCGAAUAAUUCAUUUAUUAAAUGAUCAGCACAUGGGAGUUGUUACUGCUGCCGUUAGCUUGAUCAAUUCAUUAGUGAACAGAAAUCCGGAUGAAUAUAAAGGCUGUAUUUCUUCAGCUGUAUCACGAUUAAGUCGUAUAGUGACUGCUUCCUAUACGGAUCUUCAAGAUUAUACAUACUAUUUUGUGCCGGCACCAUGGCUAUCGGUGAAGCUUUUACGUUUGCUACAAAAUUAUCCACCACCGGAAGAUGCCGGUGUACGUGGCCGACUAAAUGAAUGUUUGGAGACCAUAUUGAACAAAGCCCAAGAGCCGUUGAAAUCUAAAAAAGUUCAACAUUCAAAUGCAAAAAAUGCUAUACUUUUCGAAGCCAUCAGUUUGAUUAUACACAUGGAUAAUGAACCAAAUCUAUUGGUUCGAGCCUGUAAUCAACUGGGACAAUUUCUUCAACAUCGAGAAACGAAUUUACGCUAUCUAGCUUUGGAAAGUAUGUGCCUUUUAGCCACUUCGGAAUUUUCCCAUGAAGCUGUAAAGAAACAUCAGGAUACCGUCAUCAAUGCUCUAAAAACCGAACGAGAUGUAAGCGUACGACAACGAGCUGUCGAUUUAUUAUAUGCAAUGUGUGAUAAAACCAAUGCCGAAGAAAUUGUUGCCGAAAUGUUAUCAUAUUUGGAGACGGCCGAUUAUUCCAUUCGAGAAGAAAUGGUUCUCAAAGUGGCUAUACUUGCCGAAAAAUAUGCAUCUGACUAUAGUUGGUAUGUGGAUGUCAUCCUGAAUUUGAUACGUAUCGCCGGCGAUUAUGUUAGCGAAGAAGUUUGGUACCGAGUCAUUCAGAUUGUCAUCAACCGUGAAGAUGUUCAAGGUUAUGCAGCUAAAACUGUAUUUGAAGCUUUACAAGCGCCUGCCUGUCAUGAAAAUAUGGUUAAAGUAGCUGGUUACAUUCUUGGUGAAUUUGGUAACCUAAUUGCUGGUGAUCAACGAUCAAGUCCAUCGAUUCAAUUUAAAUUAUUGAAUUCGAAAUAUCAUUUAUGUUCUGUAGCCACACGAUCAUUACUACUGACUACAUAUAUCAAAUUCAUCAAUCUAUUUCCAGAGAUUAAAGACGAAAUUCAAACCGUAUUAAAAAAUCAUACCAAUAUUCGCAGUGCUGAUGCAGAAAUUCAGCAACGAACUGUCGAAUAUCUUCAACUCAGUCAGAUUGCUAGUUCAGAAGUAUUGGCCACUGUGCUGGAAGAAAUGCCACCAUUUCCUGAGCGAGAAUCCUCAAUACUGGCAUCGUUAAAAAAGAAAAAACCUGGAAUGACAUCCGAUAAAGUCAAACGUUCAAAUUUUGCUGCAAGUGCAAACGCUUCUUCCAAUCUUUCCACUGAUUUAUUGGGUCUAAAUACGACAACCAAUGCUACUGGUGUCGAUUACCCGAACACCACUCAAACACAGAACAACUCAAAUCUUUUGGUCGAUCUUUUUGGUGAUUCUACCACAACGACUGCAGCACCGGCUGCUAACGGAAUCAAUGGUGGUAAUGUUAAGGAUGUGAUUCACAGUAAUGAAGAAUGUAUCCAAAAAUUGUUACUAAAAAACAAUGGCAUAGUAUUCGAAAAUUCCCUCAUACAAAUUGGUCUCAAAAGUGAAUACAAACAAAAUCUGGGUCGAAUAAGUAUAUUCUAUGGGAAUAAAACAAAUGAUUCCUUUCUGGAAUUUUUGCCCACAAUUACAUGUCCUGAUUUAUUGGAUCUGAAUUUGAAUAUUCAAGUCAAACCUGUGGAAAAUGUCAUUGAAAAAGGUGCACAAGUUUCUCAAUCAUUAAAUGUCGAAUGUGUCGAUCAUUUUGCAAUAUUGCCAAAGCUAGUUGUACAAUUUGUCAUCAACAAUGUUCCACAUAAAUUUGAUCUACAAUUGCCCAUCACUAUCAAUAAAUUCUUUGAGCCUACAUCAAUGAAUUCAGAGCAAUUUUUUCAACGAUGGAAAAAUUUGAACAAUCCUGGACAAGAAUCGCAGAAAAUAUUCAAGUCUAAUUAUCCAAUCGAUGGUGAAAGCAAUAAAAGUAAACUUAUUGGUUUUGGUUUUCAAUUGCUGGAGAAUGUCGAUCCGAAUCCUGAAAACUUUGUUUGUGCUGCCAUAUUUCACAGCCGUAAAGUUCAGGUUGGUUGCCUGCUAAGGUUGGAACCAAACAAACAAGCACAGAUGUAUCGUUUAACAAUAAGAUCUAGCAAAGAUGUCACAUCAACAAGACUUUGUGAAUUACUUCAGGAUUUAUUUUGAAACGUUUAACACAUUUUUUUUGGCGCCACAAUGAUUGUGUGUAUUCGUUUCAUUGUUAGUUGCUAUUGUCUUGUCUGCUCUAUUAAUAAUAUGAAUAUUUAUUUCAAAAUUGGUAUCAUCAACUAUUAUAUAUAAAAAAGAAUCCGAACACCUCUGUAGAAUCAUCCUAAUAUAUAUGCUUAUGAAUGUUUGUGUUUUAUAGGAGUCCAUGAGAAAUAAAUAAAUAAAAUCUUGUGCAUCAAAACAUCAA